AUGCCGCUGUCCUUUUCAUCCCUUUUUUUUCUCUUUUAUUUCUCCUUACUUCUCAUUGUGAGCAUUCUACCAUCUUUCAGCUCUUACAUUGAUACUUCCAAAAGCUUUGUAUUACAAAUGGACAGUUCACAAACACUCGAUAAGGACGAUGUUCCUGACCGCUGGGAUGACGACUUCGACAACUUGUUUCAAGUCAAGCUAUUUACGAGCUUGGCUAACGACUCCGAAGUCUCACCCAGUGCUGCAGUGGCAAGUUUCCUUGAACAUACAGCGGAGGAAACAUUAUAUUACAAAGGUGGCCACGAGAACUGGGCCUAUGCAGCCUUUCACUGUCUGUUCGAGGUUGCAAGACGAACCUCGGAAGUAGAAAAGCUCGAUAAGCUCGUCCAAUUUGUGAUCCAGCUACAAAAGAUAAAGUUGGACGACCCAGAAACGGGAGAGCGGCUCGAAAUAGCGGGUUGA